AUGGCGGCCCUUCAAGCUGGAAAUGCAGUUCACUGCCGUCAUUCAUUGAAGAGCAUUUCUGAUCCAGUUUCAAAGAAGUCUGUCGUGAAUGCUGCCUUCUUCCGAUCAGCGUCAGCUACAUCCCUCCAUUCCAACCUGAAGUCUCACGCGAAGGUCGCAAGAGGAUCAACUUCGGUUCGGAGGGCCAUUCGUGCUGAGGCCGCUUCGGACGCUCAACAAAAUGGAGCAGCGACAGAAAAGGCCGCUGCGCUGAUCCUUAUCCGACAUGGCGAGUCUCUCUGGAACUCCAAGAACCUAUUCACAGGCUGCGUGGACGUUCCUCUGUCGGAGAAGGGUGUCAAUGAGGCCAUUGAGGCAGGAAAGAGAAUCUCCGAGAUUCCCGUGGAUGUCAUUUUCACCUCAGCGUUGAUCCGCGCUCAAAUGACCGCCAUGCUUGCCAUGACGCAGCAUCGCCGUAACAAGGUUCCUGUCAUCCUGCAUGAGGAGAGCCAGAGAGCCAAGGACUGGAGCCGAAUCUUCAGCGAGAACACUGACGAGGAGAUCAUUCCCGUCAUCACUGCGUGGGAGCUCAAUGAACGCAUGUACGGAGAUCUCCAGGGACUGAACAAGAAGGAAACGGCAGACAAAUACGGCAUGGAGCAGGUCGUCCUCUGGCGCCGAUCCUACGACGUCCCGCCUCCCAACGGCGAGUCCCUCGCCAUGUGCGCGGAGCGCGCUGUGGCAUACUUCAAGGAAAAUGUGGAGCCGAGACUCACGGCUGGCGAGAAUGUGAUGAUUGCUGCGCAUGGCAACUCGCUUCGCGCGAUCAUCAUGUACCUUGACAGCCUUACGUCGCAGGAGGUGAUAGAGCUGGAGCUGUCCACUGGCGUCCCCAUGCUCUACAUCUUUCAAGGAAGCAAGUUCCUCCGCAGGGGCUCUCCCCUCCGCUCAAAUGAUAUCGGUGUCUUUGCACUCACAGAGGACCUGGCGCAAUAUAGAACCAUGCUGGACACUAUUUCUGAAGGCCGGGGCUGA